AUGGAACAAAACAGGCUGUGGCAUGAGCCUGUGGUGGAGAUCUACGCAAAUGCCAUCUCGCCGGGCGUUUCCUGCUCAGCCCGAGCCUAUGAUCUCGCCAAUCGACGGUGGUACGAGCUCAACGUUAGCGAUGCGCUAUCGUCAUCCGAGGGCGGUACGAACGACGAAGACAAUGAACGAUCCGCUAUAAGGACAUUCCAGGUACCAGAAGACGAUUGGUUGAGCUCAACGGUAGCAAAACACGUCAGCGACUACUUUAAGUCCACAGGUUCACCACCGACCUGGAAUAUAAUCAACACGACCUCGACUGGCCAGCCGGUUGCAUUUGAGCAAGCCAAGAAUGACUAUUAUGUGGGCAUGCCAAUUCUUGAAAGCUUUUCCUACGGACAUAAAUCUUUGGACCAGUUGCCGACGAUCGAUUUCCGGGAUCUGAGAAAUAAAAUGUAUCUUAGUCGAGGAGCCGAUUACUGUGAUUGGAAGGGAGACAAAUGUGUCUUCAAGCGCAUAGAAUUCGACUGCGAUAAUGAGUCGCACGAGAACGAGAUUCGUGCUAGAGAGCACUUGAUCCAACAGAUCGAUCAAGAAUCGGGUGCCACGCCCAUCGACGUCAACAACGAAAUGCUGAGACGGUUCAACGUCGUCCCCAUCCUUGGUGUUGUGCUCCAUGACGAGACGAGCCAGUGGAUGAUACGAACGAGGCAAGAAUUUGCCGUCGACGAGGAUGAAGAAAACAUUGAAGAAGAUGACGGGCCCCAAGAAGUCUCCGUAAUAGCACCCGAGGACGCUAUGCAGCCGGGUCAUAUCGUUGCGGGCUUCAUUACACCGUAUAUGGGCCGAAGCCUUGAGCUGUUCGGAGCAGCUCGCCCCAGCAUGGGUGUAGAGUCGCCCAAAACCCAUCUUCCUUCUCUACCAGCUCUCGGAACCCUCACGACUACAGUUGAUAUGCCAAUCACUAAGGAGCAGCUCCUGGACCUAGUCAAAGGUGUAGGCGAGUUGUCAAGGUGCGGGACUACCCACGGCGAUAUCUGUUACUGGAACAUCAUUCUGCAGGAGUCUGCACCGCCGUACUUAUCGGUUGCGCCGAGGCUGCUCUUGAUAGACAUGGGUGACACGGCGCCAGACUAUGAAAAUGAUGCCGUUGCACUGGCAGGUGUCCUUCUUUGGUGUCUGAAUCACUCAACGAGGCUGCGCGAGGAUACUACGUCAAGGAACAAGGUCAUUGUCGCGUCAGCAUUAUUAAAGGAGGGCGAUUUUGACGGAGCUAUUGGGGUCUUGUCACUAGCCUCCAUGCCAGAAUGUGGUUACAAAAGUAAGGCUCCAUAUUCUAAUGAUGCCCAACAAGCAAAGCGACGCCGGAUUGAGCCAGAAGACCUGCGGUAG